AAGGUUGAAGUGGAAGCACUAGUAAUACAAGGACCAAAGAUGGCAACUGUAAUGAGCCAAGUGAAGAAGCUGGAGGUUUCUGUGUUAGUCUUGGGUCAGAAAAAGCCCUCUUCUAUACUUACCUGUCUGUGUGGGCCGAGCAGUGAAGAGGAAUUUAUGGAACAAUGCAUCAACACAUUGGAUUGCUUGACAAUUGGAGUAAGGAAGCAAAUCAAAGGCAUGAGAGGAUACCUUAUCAGCACUAGAUGGCAGAAAAUUUGAAGGGACAAAACAAGUAGAAGCCAGUAAAACAUACGAAAGAAAACAAAGCAUGUUAUCAAAAAUAAAAAUAGAAUAUAACUGUUAGCCUAAGUAAAAUCCAUAGCGCUUUAUGCAAAUGAAGAUCAGCACUACUAAAAAUCAUGUUUCCUGGUCAGAUAGUGAUGUAUAAGACUAUAUUUUGACACAAUAAGUAGAAUCUAAGAGUCUAAUUUCUCUGUCGACACAGGUUUAAUACUAUACAACCUUCUCUCGAACUUCAAGUCUUUUUCAGAUGCAUAUCUACUUUAGUUGAAAUAUCAAACACGAGGAAUCCAACUUUUGAUAAUCCAAUGUGUAAUAAAAAGGUGGAGUAGGAAAAUUGGUUCAUGUGCAAGUAGUUUACAAGGAAAUUUCUAAGAGGGGCCGGGGAAGUCCAGGGACAUUUCAAAGCAACUAUUAAAUGCCAAACUGAAAAAUGAAAAAUUAUUGGAACCAUUUUCUUCUAAUAAAGUUGUUAAAAUUCGGUGGAAUAAUGAUGAGAAUAGUACAUUGGAUUUACUUCCAUCGCUGCAUGUACUCAUAUCGAAUUCAACAAGUAUGAUGCCUAUUCACAGUAUAUCUAUCAAUGGAAAAUAAGUGUAUAAACUUACCAUUUUUUUAAAAUUAGGAAGAAAUAAAAAGGUGGAAGCGGAUGCAGACCUAGAUGCUUAAGAAGAACCCAACAGUUUUUGUAUGUCAUCUGUAGAAUGAGAAAGAAGAGAAAUCACA